AGUCAAGUGUUUAGUAAAAAGUACAACUUUGAACAAAACAACUUUUUAAGAAAAGGAAAGAUGAGUGUGUUGUUGUUAUUAUUACACAUGAUUGUAUACGUCCAACUGCGAAAAACGAAACACUAUUCAAUUAAAAUCCUCAAUUGUGAGACCGCUACGAACUUCUUAAAAUGGUCCCGAGCGCAAAUGUCCGCUUUGUCAUUAACGCAAAUCUUGUCUAUUUUGAGCACUUUAUUCCUUCUUUUACCUCGCGAUGAUAAUUAAAAUAAAGAGUAUGUACAUGUAUUUGUAUGCUUAACCUACCACCCGUGUUUAGUCUAUGUGACGUCACGCUUUCGUCUGCGCAUUUUCAAUGGGAUUGCUUGUUACUCGUUGCAUCGUCUUUGCAUUUGUGCUUUGAUGAACUUGGACUGCGUACUCUUCACUGUCAAGUGCUUCCAAAAUGAACGAAAAUAAGAUACCGGAGAUGGUCUUGAAACAUUUGAUAUCUUUCUGUUAUAAGCACAUAUUUCGACAACACGUAUUUCUCUCAUUAUUCCAUAUUUGUCCAUUUCCUUUGUGGAUUAAUAAAGCGCUAUCUGGAUCUCUCUCUAAUUUGUGUGUGUGACAGCUGGAGGCCAGAGUUAGGGCGAGCCUAGGUCAUCAGGGCACUGAUGGAGAAGCUCAGGGAAGAGUUUGAGCAGAUCGUAGGCGAGCUCGAGUGGCAGGAUGUUGCCGACACCCUGCAAGAGUUGUGCUCCAACAUCAUGUGUGACCCCAGCAACAUGCCCCCCCCUCACCCGCCCUUGAACCCCCCACCGUCUCCCUUGUACGGCGGGAUGUCGUUUGACGCCCGCCCUCAGCCGCUCCGCUUCCCUCCGCGCCUGCCGUUUAUCCCGCACGCCCAGUUCGUGCCGCUUCCCAGUAUGAGAUACGGGCCGCAGUUCAACCCGUACUUCAUGCACCCCUAUCACCUCAGCCGCCAGGCGGGCUCUCCUUUCCGUCUCCAGUACUUACCCUGCCAGAUGACGCCUCAGGUGGUCCACAGCCAGCCGUCCUUCACCUACCCAACGGCGCCACCGCAGCCGAAAAAGAGCCUCCCUGUGGUGCCGCUUCCCGAAGGUGCCACGCUGCACGCCGUCGGGAUGCUCAACGGCGAAGUGUUGUACGAGGCGGUGGACGCCUCUCAGGCCGCGCCACCUCCUCUUCUUCCCCCCACGACCACCUGCUCCUCCAGUCUUAAAACGAAGCGCAAGCGGCGACGCAAGCCCGCCGGGGUCAAAAAGCCGCCCAACGCCUUCAAAUGCUUUCUCCGAGAGCGACGCCCGGCGCUGAAGAACCAACUGGAGCAGAAGGACAGCGUGGCUGUCAACAAGUUCCUGGAACAGCUGUGGACGUCGUUGAGCAAGGAGCAGCAGGCCAAAUAUUACGAACAGGCCCACGUGGAGAAGGAGCUGAACGAGCAGCUGUCCUCCGACGGCUCCAGCGGCAGCGACAAAGACGACGCCGCCGCCAAAAAGAAGAGGCGGCGCUGCGACGCCGCAGCCGCUAGCCACGAACACAGGAACGCGGGCGAUGACGCGCCCGCUUCCUCCGGCUCUUCUUUCGUCUCCUCCUCGUCCUCCUGGCUGGAGGCCGUCAUCUCCGACUCUCCCGCCGCGCCGUGUGCCACCUCGCCCGCUUCUUCCGGCUCGCCCACCCCCAACAAGUGUCCCGACUCGGCCGAUGAAUCUGACAUCGAGGGCAUGGACGCCAAGCUGCUGCACCUGCUCGGAUGCUGUUAGUCUUAUUGUUGCGUUUAUUUAUGUGUAUUGUAAAAUGAAUGUAAAUAGUGUAUAAAAUAAUGUAAUAAUAAUUUUUCUACUCUUCCCCUCCUUUCAU